CCAUCUAGUGAUAGUAUUUAAAAUUUGGAGCAUGUUUAUCUGCCUCUGCAGACUACACUAUAACGUGUUUACAAAUUUACACGUGACGUUGGAAAAUGGUCAGGUUUAAGAAUCGAUAUUUAACUGCAGAAAUUAUACCAGGGGAUUCGACUUCACAGCCUCUAAAUGUGAAAAAAUAUGAUUUACUUGCAUCAGUUCUUGAUAUCACUGAACAGAUCCAUGGAGAGUUUGGAGCUGCAGCAAUAAGAAAUGGCUUAGAAAUAAAGUACUGCAAUGAAAGCACACAAAUAGCAAUAAUCAGAUGUAGACAUGGCCCACAUAGACUGUUGGCCUCAUCACUUCCAUUCCUAUCAACAGUUGGUAAAAGAAAAGUUCAACUUCAAAGUGUUUACACAGGAGCUACCAUGUUGCGGUGCUUCAAAUUUUUAAAGAAAUUUCAUGAAGACAAGAUAAAUGAAGCUUUGAAAACCUGUAAAACAGAGCAAGAAAAAAAGAAAGUUAUAGAAACCAUGUCCAAGGCCAAUUUGGAAUUCUGAAAUAUUUGUAAUAAACUGUAUUUCAACUA